UGAGCUUACAAACUGUGUUGAUAGCACGCGAAUUUAGUUACACAUAUUUCUAUUCAUAACUAGCUUUUACGUCCAAACACAUAAUUCAGAUUUAACACAAAUUGCAAAUAUAACAUUCAAAUUAAACAGACAAUAAAAGCUAUUUUCUAAAUUUCAAAUUUAGAAAAAUUUUGGCGGCUGUCAUGUCAUUACAAUUUUUAAAAGUCACAGAUUAUUAAAUCCCUCUAAAGCCGCGGUUACACUGUUCGGUAUUGCCGAUUUUUUGACAUUGUCGCGUAUCAGUCACGCUGUUGCCCGAUAUACCGGAGCCGGGUUCAGCACCACCAGUGCUGGUUGCUGAUACUCCGGUGAGGGUGCAAGUGAUGGAGGUGUCAAAGCCGAAUAGCGGAGUACGGGAGGAACUGGAGGAUAGAGAUCCCAAUAAUCUGAAUCAGCAUGUACAGAUCAUAUGGGACGACGUGAUCGGCGAGCCAGAAGGAGUAAGGAGUCCGGAAAGAGCGUGGCGCAUCAGCCACUGCUGUUUUAAGCACGCUCGUAAUUGGUGCUACAUCGUGCUGUCUGUGCUGGUGGCGCCGCCGUGCGCUCUGGUGCUGGGGGUGGGGUUUGCGUGCUUGGCUUUUGAGCAAAUCUGGUGCGCGACCCCCUGUUUGCGCUGUGUAAAGAUUUACUUCGCGUCCGUCCGCACGCUCGUGCAAGCUUGCCUCGCCGUGACCGUGGCACCAUUGAUGGACGCCGUCGGCAAUGUCUUCAGGCAUAUUAGAGUCAACAUGCGCAAUGAUGCACCUGAAGAGAAGGAUCUGCUAAUUAUAUAA